AUCAGUUGUCACAGGUCAGCUUUUUAUUAACAACUCGCUAUAUUCAGUGCUGUUUGAUUCUGGGGCUACACAUUCUUAUGUGGCGGCCAGAGUCUUUAGUAAAUUGGGUAGACCCUAUGAUAGAUAUGAAUCAGGGUUUGGAACCCUGUUACCUGGCGGAGAAUUGGUUAUCUCCAAUAGGUGGAUUAGGUCUAUGCCGAUCAGGAUAGAUAGUAGAGAGUUAAGUGCUGAUCUGAUAGAGAUGAGUUUAGUCGAAUUCGAUAUUAUUUUAGGAAUGGAUUUCCUAUCUAAAUAUUCGGCGAGCAUUGACUGUAAAAGGAAGAUGGUGGUCUUCCAACCGGAAAGUGAAGAACCGUUUGUAUUUGUUAGUUCAGUUCAGGGAUCUCGGAUCCCGAUGAUCUCGGCUAUGUCAGCGAGAGAAUUAUUGCACGGCGGUUGCUUAGGGUUUCUGGCCGUGGUGGUGGACACCACUCGGCCAGAUACCAUUCGGCCAGAAGACAUUAGAGUGGUUCGGGAAUUUUUGGAUGUUUUUCCCGAAGAACUUCCAGGGUUACCACCUCAGCGGGAGAUUGAUUUCGUGAUAGACUUCGCACCAGGGCUAACGGUGAAGAAUAAAUAUCCAUUACCUAGGAUCGAUGACCUGUUCGAUCAGCUUCAGGGGAAGACGGUCUUUUCUAAGAUUGAUCUCCGUUCGGGUUAUCAUCAGUUGAGAAUCCGAGAGGAGGACAUUCCAAAGACGGCCUUCCGCACUAGGUAUGGACAUUAUGAAUUUCUGGUUAUGUCAUUCGGACUAACCAAUGCUCCUGCAGCGUUCAUGGACCUGAUGAAUAGAGUAUUCAAGAAUUUCCUCGAUAUCUGUGUGAUUGUGUUUAUCGACGACAUCCUCGUGUACUCUCAAUCAGAAGUGCCCCUAACCGAGCUUACAAAGAAGAAUCAGCGGUUUAUCUGGUCAGAUAAAUGUGAAGCUAGUUUUCAGGAGCUGAAACAGAGGUUGAUUACUGCUCCAGUACUAGCUUUGCCUUCGGACAAGGAGAAGUUCGUAGUAUACUGUGACGCAUCCAAACAGGGUUUGGGGUGUGUAUUGAUGCAAGCCGAUUGGGUCAUCGCUUAUGCCUCCCGUCAGUUAAAGGAUUAUGAACAGCGAUACCCGACUCAUGAUCUGGAAUUGACUAAGAUGUACCAAGAUUUAAAACCGUACUUCUGGUGGAGCGGUAUGAAGAAGAAUUUGGUAGAAUUCGUAUCGAGAUGCCUCACUUGUCAGCAGAUUAAGGCUGAACAUCAGAGACCAGCAGGGUUGUUGCAGCCUCUAACCCUACCAGAAUGGAAAUGGGAGGAUAUUACGAUGGAUUUUGUGGUCGGGUUACCUAGGACCACAUGUUUAUUUGAUUCCAUAUGGGUAGUGGUGGAUCGAUUUACGAAAUCUGCUCAUUUUCUGCCGGUAAGAACAACAUUUUCAGUGGAUCAGUUGGCAGAACUGUAUGUCAGAGAGAUAGUGAGACUUCACGGAGUACCGAAGUCUAUAGUUUCGGACAGGGAUCCGAAGUUCACCUCCAAAUUUUGGCAAAGUUUGCAACGGGCAAUGGGUACAAGGCUGAAAUUCAGUACAGCAUUCCAUCCUCAGACAGAUGGUCAGUCCGAAAGGACAAUUCAGAUAUUGGAGGUCAUGUUGAGAGCCUGUGUUAUGGACUUUGAAGGCUCAUGGAAUAAGUAUCUACCGUUGACAGAAUUCUCUUACAACAACAGUUAUCAGAGUACGAUAGGGAUGGCUCCUUAUGAACUGUUGUACGAUAGGAAAUGUAGAUCCCCUAUCCACUGGGAUGAGACAGGGGAGAGGAAAUACCUAGGUCCUGAGUCAGUACAGCGGACCAAUGAGACAAUAGAGAAGAUAAAAGCUAGAAUGCUUGCCUCACAGAGCAGACCGAAGAGUUACGCAGAUCCGAAACGCAGAGAUGUUGAGUUCCAAGUAGGGGAACAUGUGUUUUUACGGGUAUCUCCGAUGAAGGGGAUUAAACGUUUCGGGAAAAGAGGCAAGUUAUGCCCUAGAUUUACAGGACCUUUCGAGAUCCUCGAGAAGAUAGGUCAAGUGGCAUAUCGGUUAGCAUUGCCUCCAGCCUUAUCAGCAAUUCACAACGUAUUUCAUGUCUCGAUGUUGAGAAAAUACGUUUCAGACCCCUCUCAUAUACUCAGUUAUGAGAGUCUUGAGCUACAGCCAGACAUGACUUAUGAGGAACAGCCAGUGCAGAUCCUGGAUAGAAAGGAUAAAGUCCUUCGGAAUAAGACCAUAGCAUUGGUCAAAGUUCUCUGGAGAAACAGCAAGGUGGAGGAAGCCACCUGGGAGCUAGAGUCAGAUAUGAGAACUCAAUAUCCAGAGUUAUUCAGGUUAGAUUUCGGGGACGAAAGAAAAUUGGGAGAAAAACCUCGUAAUGCUCCAAUGAAUACAGCUGUGCAUCUUACACGUGAUGGGAAACCAUUUGAAGAUCCUGAGAAAUAUCACAGAUUGGUUGGAAAGUUCAAUUAUCUAAUGGUGACUCGUCUAGAUAUUGCAUUCCCAGUUAGUGUCAUUAGUCAGUUUAUGUCUUCCCCAACAAUUCAUCAUUGGGCGGCACUAGAGCAAAUUUUAUGUUACUUGAAAGGAGCACCAGGACGAGGUAUAGUUUACAAGGACCAUGGACAUACCCGGAUUGAGUGUUUCUCUGAUGCAAAUUGGGCAGGCUCCAAGGUAGACAGACGAUCCACUUCAGGAUAUUGUGUAUUUGUUGGGGGCAAUCUGAUCUCUUGGAAGACUAAGAAACAAAAUAUUGUGUCUAGAUCUAGUGUUGAAUCAAAAUAUAGAGCUAUGGUACAAUCUGUAUGUGAGAUGCAAGUAAUCAAUGAUAACCAAAGAGAUCACAUGUUGGUCAUGCAAACCAGAUGCGAAAAAUCUGUAUUAUACAGAAAUAUAUCUCACUAA